AUGCUCAGGGACACUUGGUUCUCCUGCGAAGGUGAGGAGGGAGAUAGAGGGGAUCGGGCGCCACUGGGCAACCUUAGCCCAGGGAUCCUUCUUCCUCUCCCUGCCUCCUCUUUGUGGGCGCGUUACCCCUCGGAGUCGGCCGGGAACGCCUUAGAUACUCUCCUUUCCUCCCCCGAUUCUCCCCCUCGGAGUGUGGCCAGGGAGAUCGCGGAACUUUACUGUCAGACGAUUACCCCUCGGAGUCGUCCGGCUGCUGGAUCACGGAGGAUCACUGAAAUCACGGAGGAUCACCUGGCAAGGAUCUCAGCACCUCCUGGAGCCACUGUCAACAUCAGCUGCAACAUUCCAGAAGGGACUUUUGUGUCGGUAGUGAGCUGGUACAAAGAGGAACAGGAAGGGAGACUGCAUAAGAUUGCAGACAUUUAUACCACUCAAAAACCAGGAACAAAAACCUCAAGCCAAGUGAAUCUGACCCGACACAACAUCCAGGGAAGAGAUUCUGGGGUGUAUUACUGUGUUGGAGCUAAGGCUCAGAAAUUCACCUUCCUGAGUGGGAUGAGGCUGAUCGUCUUAGGUUCUUCUGGGCCAAGACUUUCCCUCCUUGCUCCUUCCGCUGCAGAAGACACGGAGCUCUUCCACCACCUUCCCCUCCUCUGCCUCCUGAUCGACGCGAACCCUGAUGAGGAUACUUUCUCCUGGGAUAUUGGUGGGGAAACCUCUCAGGACCGGAAGGAUGGUGACGUGAUCGAUGGGGAAGGAGCCUUCACCAUUUGGAGUCUGAAACUGAUUCCUCCAGAGAGAUGGAGCCAAGAGAUGGCUUAUUCUUGUUCAGACCAGGAGGGAAGAAACAUCAGUGCAGUGGUCCCUUCGAAGACAGUGUCUACAACCCAAGAGGACUGCAGGAACAUAUUGCUGAUUGGGAUACCCUGUUUAGUCAUCGUCCUGCUGAUUCCCCCUUUGGUCCUGCUCUGCAGAAAACUUCGAUCUGGAGGUAAUGCAGAUGCGCCAGUGAAUCGACUGCCCAUGAGGGAAAUCCCACAGACCGAAUAUGCAGAAGUCCGUUGCAAGAAAUGAAAAGUCCCGUUCAGACCAAUCGAUACAAGUGGUUAAAAAAAGCAUGGUUUAUUACAAGGAGAGACAGAAGGAAGACAAUCAAAUGCCAGAAGUUUAAUAUAUUUUCCUCCCCACUUGCUGAAUCUUGAUGUUUGUAUUA